AGCCAAGACCUAAGAGAGGGCCAUCAUUUAAAUUAUGUAAUGAUCAUGAUAAUGAUGCAUCCAGUUCCCUACAAUAUAUAAGUAAAUGGAUUUUAGAAGUAUCUCAUGGUAGUGAUCAAGAAUAUAAAAAAAAGGUACUCAACUAUUUGGUCCCAAGUUUAGCUGUAUUCAAUAAAGAUUCACCCAAAUUUCCUGAAACUAUAAAAUCAGAACCUUCAGAAUCUACACAAUCAGAACAAUCAGAAGAAAUCAAAGUUCCUUGUCUAUUUCUUAUAAAAACCAUUUUAAAAUUAGGCAAAGUGAAUCUUACAGAUGAAGAAAGGGCUUCUAAUUUGACCUCUGGAGAAUUCUACAAUCAAGGGAAAACACUUGCAUUAGCAAUAUGGAAAAGCAAAAAUAUUCUUUCAGAAAAUUCAGAACAACUUUCCCAACCUGA